UGAAUUCCUACCCUGGUCUUGGGUCCUGGUACUUGGUCCAGUACUGGUCCAAAUGGACGAAUAUCUUGGAGAUAUUGCUGCAGAAUUCGAAGAUGAUCUUAUUGUAGAAGAGCAAGUUGCAGGCUCUUCAUCAAGAGCUACCAAUGUAGGUAAAGUUUCCAGCAAAACACAUGCUCUUUUAGUCAAUUCCAAGCAAAGGGGUAAUCCUUUACUCAAGGCCAUCCACAAUGUCCCAUGGGAAUAUGAUGAUAUCAUACCAGAUUAUCAGAUGGGUUUAACCUCCUGUGCUUUAUUUCUAUCUCUGAGAUACCACAACUUGAACCCUGAUUAUAUUCAUGAUAGACUCAAGAAGCUUGGACAAAUGUACCAGUUACGGGUCCUUCUUGUUCUGGUAGACAUCAAAGAUCCCCAUCACUUACUGAAAAACAUCACUCGUGUUUGUAUCUUAGCUGACUUGACAUUGAUUUUGGCUUGGAGUUCUGAGGAAGCAGGAAAAAUUAUAGAAACCUACAAAAUUUACGAGAAUAAACCUGCAGAUGAUAUAAGGGAAAGGGGUGAAUCAUCUUCCUAUUUGAGGUUGAUUCAAGCAUUGACUUCUAUUAAGCCCAUCAACAAAUCAGAUGCCAUGGCUUUAAUUGACAAAUUCAAAACUUUAAAGGGUAUAUUGAGAGCAUCUGAAUUUCAGAUUGCAGAAAUCCCUGGAUUUGGAAUGAGAAAAGCUAAUAAACUCUACACCACACUACAUACCAAGUUCUGUAGAUAACAGGGUCACUGUCUCACUUGCUCAACUGUGAUUUUUCUUAAUGUUUCAAUGAUAUUUCAUGUAUUAGGUAAUAAGUAUAUGAUGUUUUUUAUAUUUAUUUAAAUAGAAGCUGCACUCAUAUUUUCU